CAAUCGGACGAAACACAUCCCAAGUAAAAAACUUCCAGAACAACUCUUGACAGCCGGUAGACUACUCAAGCAACAUGAAGUUACUUGUCCUGACUGUGCUAUGCUGCAUAGCAUUGGCAAGUUGUGUUCCUGAUGCCCAUGAUAAUGAGGAAGCUAAACCUGCUUCAACUCAAAAUGAAGAGCUCUUGCAAGACGCCCCAGAAGUUGAUGAAACCUCUAAAGAAAUGACGGGAGAUAUCCCAACGGAAGUGGAAGAUGAUGAUGAAAACGAAGAGGAUGGAGAUGAUCGUAGGAGAAAUCCCAACACAUGCUUGGGGCGUCCAAGUAUGUUUCGCCUUUGUGAAAAUCGCCAAGGUACUCUACGGUGUCCAAAGGGAAAGGUCAUCGUGGUGGCGUACGCGAACUACGGUCGCACGGCUAAAGGAGUGUGCUGACACAAUUCGAUAAAAACCACUGGUUGCUACUACAGGAAAUCCAAGAACCUUAUUCGCAAAGCGUGCCAUGGAGAAAACAAAUGCGCACUCAAUGCGCGUAACUCAGUCUACGGCGACCCAUGUUAUGGUACCUACAAGUACAUCGAGGUCCUUUAUCACUGCGUCUGAGUAAGCACGCUGUAAUGAUUGGUCCUUAUCGAGGAUGAAAAAUGAUUGGUCAAUAAAAGAGUGAACAUUUCAA